AUGACUGAGGGAGCAGGCCUUGGAGGACAGGUGAUGGCUCAACCGACGGGCUUAGAGGCCAGCAGCCCCUCCGGCCCGAGGCACAGUGUAAGCUUUGUGCGUGAAGAUCCGAGCUGGACUGAAGAGAUACGCCAGAUCUCUAUAGCCUGCGGGACAAAGAAGGACAUUUCUGACCAUGGGAACAGCAUAAGCGAUGGCUCAGAGGCAUCCUCAAAGCCAGGAGGACCCUCAGCAUCCAAGCAUGAGCCUCUCCCAGCCCUGCAGAUGGCGCUCAACCGCACAGGGCUCUCUGAGUUCCUUCUGAAAGGAUUCUCUGCCUACCCGGGCCUGGAGCGGCCGCUGCUCCCACUGUGCUCAGCCAUGUACCUGGUGACCCUGCCGGGGAACUCAGCCAUCGUGGCAGCGAGCGUGCUGGACUCCCGCCCGCACACGCCCACGUACUUCUGCCUGGGCAACCUCGCCAUCCUGGACAUCUGCUACACGUCCUCAUUUGUGCCGCUGACGCUGGUCCACGCCCUGUGCACCCGGAAGACCAUCUCCUUCGCCGGCUGUGCGGUCCAGAUGUGUCUCAGCCUGUCCACGGGCUCCACGGCGUGUCUGCUGCUCGUCGUCAUGGCCUACGAUCGCUACCUGGCCAUCUGCCGGCCACUCCAGUACCCUGUGCUCAUGAGACGCCAGCUCUGCCUGCUGCUGGUGGGAGCCGCUUGGGCCUUCUCCCUCCUCAAGUCAGUGACUGAGACGGUCAUGGCCAUGAGGCUGCCCUUCUGCGGCCACCGCGUGGUCAGCCACUUCACCUGCGAGAUCCUGCCAGUGCUGAAGCUGGCGUGUGGCGACGCGUCACUCAGCGAGGCCUUCCUGCUGGCGGGCAGCGUUCUGCUGCUGCCCAUACCCCUGUCCCUCAUCUGCCUCUCCUACGGUCUCAUCCUGGUCACCGUCCUGAAGGUGCCCUUGGCUGCAGGCCGCCACAAGGCCUUCUCCACCUGCUCAGCGCACCUGGCCGUGGUGGUGCUCUAGUACGGCGCUGUCACCCACACGUACAUGACGCCCAAGAGCAAGGAGGCCCACAUCUCCGAUGAGGUCUUCACCGUCCUCUAUGCUGUGGUCGCGCCCAUGCUGAAUCCUGUCAUCUACAGCCUGAGGAACAGGGAGGUGCAGGCGGCUGCCAGGAAGGUGUGGGGCAGGAGCUGGACCUCCAGAUCGGCCAGCUCUCGGACACCAGUCACCUGGAGCGUCUGGCCUGCCCACCCUCGUGCCUCCUCUGUGGCAGCAGCCACUGUCACAGAGAAGUACGUCCUCUGCACCCCUCUGGCCAAGGGCGGAUCACCCAAUAAGCAAGCCCGGCCCAGUGUGCCUGCAGUGAUGCACUCGGCAGUCCUGCCUGCUCUCCCUGCCGCCCUGGUCAGCUCACCUGGCAGCGGCUCCGGCCACCCGCAAGCACUCACGCCACUGGGUGAGGAGUCCGAGGCUGAGAAAAUCGCCAGCGGGAGGCAGAGCUGGGGCGUGGACCCUGGCCGACCAGACCCCAAAGCCCACACUCCACCACUCCGCUUCCCACGGAGGAAGUGA